AUGCAAAAUGACCAACCUCUUUCGACCGAAGAAAUUAAUACCGCUAAUAAUGCAGCGACUAUUUAUAAAAAACUCGAUCAGAUCCUUUUCGACUAUGAUAAGUCGGGGGGUAGUAGACUCAUAUCCUUGCGAGUCUUACGAGGCCUUUUCGCAGAAAUCGUACCCUUCAAGCAAGAUCACAUACUGCACUGGAUUUAUAAUUUUUCAGUCUUUGCCAGAGCAGCGGUGGAGCUCGACACCAGAGCCGGCCGACCAAUCCACAAGAUGGUCGGAGACAACCACAUCUGGCCUAAUACGGUCCAAGGAUUUAUGGAAGCGGAGCCAGCCAUCCUUAGCUCAGCUGUACCCAUUGGCGAACCGAUCGAAGGUGCUCUCCAUUUCUCUGUGUCAGAAGAAAAGCUCCAGGAGAUUGCCAAAGCUUCAUCAGCGGCGAGACACGGUGGAGUCCCAGUGUCAUCUUCUAGUGAGCACAAGGGGAAAGGACGACGUUCGAGGAGCCCUCGAAAAUCAAAAAGUCCACGUAGAUCUAAAAGCCCGCGCAGGUCAAAAAGUCCUCGACGCUCAAGUAGGCGGUCGAGUCGCGAAGCACGACAACGAUAUAGCCGCGAUCCGCAGCGACGUUCUAGUCCAGAACCUCAUCGUCGGGCUAGUCCAGAACCCAAUCGACGUCGCUCAAGAAGUCCUCCUAGAAGGAUAUUUGCUGCGACACAUCAAUACGGCUCAUCCCCAGUUCCUUACGAAAGCAAUCACAGGCGGGGUAGGAGUCCAGCGAGAUCCGGAAGACGAUCCCCAAGUCCGCGACAUAAUGACAGACGGGAUCCUAGUCCUCGACCCUCGAGCAGCUAUCGACGAACUUCUCCCCCUCGCAGAGAGUUUGACUCUCCUCCUCGCAGGGAAUUCAAUCACACUUCGUCAGGCAGAAGGGCAAGAUUUGAAGAUUCACCUCAAAGAAACUCAAACCCUUCCCUGCUCGAUAGGAUCGACUCUUCCAUAUUCAACAGAGUCAAUCACAAACCCCCUCCACCUCGAGGUAGCGGAAAAAGACGUGCUAGAUCUCCAUCACCAGAGGACAAUACUAGUAGCACACUUUUCGAAAAAGCUUUUCAGAAAUUCGUUAAAUCUUCUACUAAAUCAACCAAAAAAUUGGCGUUUCAAGAAGCGGAGGACGAGCCGCAAGACAGGAUCAAGGAUCCAAUUGCUAAAGAAAUCAAGCGCAUCAAAUAUGAAUACAAGGAAGAUAUCAAGAAUUCUAUCAACCUAUUUGAAGCGUCCUCAGUCAAACCUGAUCUCUGGCCUACAUCACAAAUUAAGGAUCUCCUCGAGUACAACUUUGUGGAUCUCAAAAAAGUCUAUGUCGAAAUUUACGGGAAGCCAGGAGCUAUCAAAACUAUUAAAAUCAACGAAGCAAAGGAUUUGGAAUUUGAUGAGAAGAUCAAGGGUACUCCCAUCCUUGACAAAACUCACUGGCAACAUCUCAUUGCCCUACUCAGCUCAGCUUUUCAAGCAGCUUUCCCUCCAGCAAAGGAAAAUGCAAAGAAUUACUUUGAGUACAUACUUCACUUGGCUAGCAACCCUUCGACUGGCAUCCACUGGAUGGAUGUUCGAGAUUUUGAUUCGGCUAUGCGCCUUCAAUUCUCUCGUCUACCCUGGAUUGCCUUUGGCGAUUGGAAGAACGACAACCUUGACUAUCUCAAAACAAAGGUCCUCUACAGCAAAAUCAGUCGUAUUGGGGAAGGAUCUGAGAUUAUUAAGUCGUCAUCCAGGAGCGAACCCAAAGCUUCAGGUUCAAAAUCAUCCUCGAAAUCAUGGUCAAAGCCCAAAUCGAGACCAGAGCCGAAACAACCAAAAUCUAGACUCAACUUUCCGUACGACGUCAAACCUGCGGGAAAUUGGAACCCGACGGUGACUGCAUCAGAAGGCAUCACAUAUGCAACAAAGUGGGAUGCGAUGCCGAUCAUCGAGGAAUCAUCGCGCACGUAUAAACCGAAUUCUAGGAAAUUUUUAAGAGGAUUAGAGAUUGAAGAAGAAGCCCAACAUUUCUCUGCAUCAGUCAAUUUCUCAGUCGACGCCGAACCUCUCCCUUCAGCUCCCCCAAUCUCAGAAGACCCUUUAGCAGCUUACGCAAUAAAAAAUAGCCCACACUUAUUUAAAAUAAUAUGCCCAAUCAAAGCAUCAAGAAUUAGAAUGCUCACGUCUUCACACCCCAAUCAACCAUUUGUCGACUCCAUCAUCAAGGGGAUCACAGAAGGUUUCUGGCCCAUGUGUCCCCUCCCGUCAGAAGAGACAGUUCAACAUGAAAAUCAUAUCAGAACAGAAGAAGGUCUCGAAAUCAUUAGGAAAACUAGAGAUAAAGAAGUAAAGCUAGGCAGAUAUUCAGAAGGGUUUCAUUCUCCGUUCAGAGGAAUGAAAACGGCUCCUUUAUGCUUGGCGACAAACAAGAACUCGGGGAAGACGAGGAUGUGCACGAACAUGAGUUACGGAAACCCAUCACCGAAUGAUCUCAUUGAUAGAAAUCAAAUUAGAAUAAAAUUAGAUUCUAUUGCAUCUUUCAUACCUUCUCUUCUCCAUCUUCGACAGUCCAAAGACUUGCCAUCUGUCAAAAACACAAAAUCCUUAUGGACACGAAAAAGAAGAGCAAGACAAAAAAGAACAACCAUCUGGAAAUCGGAUGUAGACUCCGCAUUUCGAAUUCUCGGCAUGCAUCAGCAGUGGCAACUCCGGCAAGCAAUCAGAAUCGACGGAAUGAACUACAUCGACAGAUGUGUAAACUUUGGAUGUGCAAGCUCGCCAAAGAUUUGGUGUAGCUUCUUCUCUCUCAUACUGUGGAUAGCGUAUUUCGAGCUGGGCAUCGAAGGUUUAAAUUCAUAUAUGGACGAUUCAUGGGGAGCAUGUUACUCAGAAGAGAUGGUGUCCUUUAAAGCUCACAUAAUCCCAUUAAAUCAAGCAAAAUUCCUGUCUCUCUUCGACUUUCUCGGCAUUCCAUGGGCAUGGGAGAAGCAGCUCUGGGGCGAAAAGCUAGAAAUCAUCGGCCAUUUGAUUGAUUCAGAUACGAUGGUAAUCUCACUAGAGGAAGAGAAGAAAACAGCCCUAGUCUCUCAACUUUGUCUGUUCGCCAAUUCAAUUUCCCAACCUUUAAUAGAAUGGCAAAGAUUGACGGGAUGGGCGAACUGGGCCCUCAACACAUUUCCACUCGGUCUUUGGGCUCUGCAAUCUUCCUGGGACAAGAUAGCCGGGAAAAACCUGCGAAACGCUCAUGUGCCACUCAAUAAAUCUACCAAAGAAGAUCUUUCGUGGUUAGCUGACGGGUUAGAAAAAUGGAACGGACGCCAAAUCAUGGAAUCAUUUCAUUGGGAACUCCAAGAGGCCGAGUUGGUAUUCUUCUGCGACGCAUGCCCUACGGGCAUUGGCAUUUGGAACCCUCAGACAAACGAAACGUGGGACCUCUACUUCCCACCGCCGGCUCGCGACAACUACUGGGCAGAGUUGAUGGCAGUCGUCAUGGCGAUCGACAUAGCAAUCACCACAACAGCCAAGAAGAUUUUGAUUUUCUCCGACAACGAAUCAGUGUGCUACCUGUUCGGAUCCCACUCACCAACUGACCUGACUCGGGUUCUGUUCAGGCACGCAGUUACCAGAAUGUUAGAACACUCACUCAAUAUCGUAGUAAGGCACGUAGCAGGUGAAAGGAACGUCAUAGCCGACGCUUUAUCAAGACAGAAAAUAAUCUCUCACGAGGGAGCGCCGCCAUCUCGAGUCCACUUAACCCUCCCAUCCAUCCCAAAAAGUCUAGACGGCGGCAUCCGACGCUCUAAAUAG